UCAGCCAGGAACGCCUGGGAUGCCGCGGCUCCUGGCAGGCCUCAAGGGAGGAGGGUCUUGCCGGCUACGAGUUAAUUAGCCCCGCGAAGCGAGGGGGGAGGCGCCAGUUUUCUGGGGACACUGGCUGCCACCGUCCGUUCUCCUACCCUGGGGAGCUCACAGAGAGUUGGAUGAAUUCUGGGUUGUUAACUGCGGUCAGCUGGGCUCCUGGGAGCCUGUUCCUGGUGGAAAACAGGGGGCGUCUGGCAAAGGGACCAGCGGCUUGCUGAGACUCACCAUGACACUCCUGGGGUCUGAGCAUUCUUUGCUGAUUAGAAGCAAGUUCAGAUCAGUUUUACAGUUACGACUCCAACAGAGAAGGACCCAGGAGCAACUGGCUAACCAAGGCUUAAUACCUCCCCUGAAAAGUCCAACUGCAUUCCAUGAGCAAAGAAAAAAUUUGGAUAGCAACAAGCCUGAAGAUUCCCUUAGGCACAAGGGCAGGAACAGGUCUGACCGCAGCAAAGUGGUUAAUAUGCACAUACUCCAAGCCUCCACCACAGAGAGGUCCAUUCCAACUGCUCAGAUGAAGCUGAAAAGAGCCCGCCUUGCUGAUGAUCUCAACGAAAAGAUUGCUCUCCGACCCGGGCCGCUGGAACUGGUAGAAAAGAACAUCCUACCGGUGGAUUCUGCCGUGAAAGAAGCCAUAAAAGGUAACCAGGUGAGUUUCUCCAAGUCAGCAGAUGCAUUUGCCUUUGAAGAAGAUAGCAGCAGCGAUGGCCUUUCUCCAGAUCAGGCCCGAAGCGAAGACCCCCACAGCUCAGUGGGAUCUCCCCCAGAUGCUAAAGCCAGUGAAACCUCUGUGUCAACCUCUCUGGGGACAAUCCAGGAUCUUGCUUCUGGCUCAGAAAAUGACAAGAAUGACUCGGCCUCCCAGCCCAGCCACCAGUCAGACACAGGGAAGCAGGGCCUUGGUCCCGUCAGCACCUCUCUCCCUGUGCACGCUGCCGUAAAGUCCAAGUCCUUGGGUGACAGUAAGAACCGUCACAAGAAACCCAAGGACCCCAAGCCGAAAGUGAAGAAGCUCAAAUACCACCAGUACAUUCCCCCAGACCAGAAGGCGGAGAAGUCCCCACCGCCCAUGGACUCAGCCUAUGCUCGGCUGCUCCAGCAGCAGCAGCUCUUCCUGCAGCUCCAGAUCCUCAGCCAGCAGCAACAGCACCGAUUCAGCUACCCAGGGAUGCACCAAGCACAGCUCAAAGAACCAAGUGAACAGAUGGCCAGAAAUCCAAACUCUUCAGCGACACCACUCAGCAACACCCCUCUGUCCCCCGUCAAAAGCAGUUUUCCUGGACAAACUGGUGUCUCUUCUCUCAAACCAGGCCCACUCCCACCUAACCUGGAUGAUCUCAAGGUCUCUGAAUUAAGACAACAGCUUCGAAUACGGGGCCUGCCCGUAUCAGGCACCAAAACAGCUCUCAUGGACCGGCUUCGACCCUUCCAGGACUGUUCUGGUAAUCCUGUGCCCAACUUCGGGGACAUCACGACUGUCACUUUUCCUGUCACACCCAACACGCUUCCCAGUUACCAGUCCUCCCCUUCCACCAGUGCCUUAGCCAAUGGCCUGUACCACUUCGGCAGCACCAGCUCCAGCCCCCCGAUCUCGCCUGCCUCAUCUGACCUGUCGGUGGCCGGGUCCCUGCCUGACACCUUCAAUGAGGCGUCCCCGUCUUUCGGCCUGCACCCGUCCCCAGUGCACGUCUGCACCGAGGAGAGUCUCAUGAGCAGCCUGAAUGGGGGCUCAGGUCCUUCUGAGCUCGACGGGCUGGACUCUGAGAAGGACAAGAUGCUGGUGGAGAAGCAGAAGGUGAUCAAUGAGCUUACCUGGAAACUGCAGCAGGAGCAACGGCAGGUGGAAGAGCUGAGGAUGCAGCUGCAGAAACAGAAGAGCAGUAACUGUGCCGAGAAGAAGCCGCUGCCGUUCUUGUCUGCCCCCAUUAAGCAGGAAGACGCCAUCUCCAGCUGCCCUUUCACCUCACAACAAAUGCACGCCAAAGGACAAAGCCACAGCACUGAGAGUCAACCACAGGCCUGCGAAGCUGCUCAGCUUCUGCCCCUUGGUAACACCCACUGUGUGGAGUCCUCGGGUCAAACCAAUGUACUGUCUUCUACAUUUCUCAGCCCCCAGUGCUCCCCUCAGAACUCACCACUGGGAGCUGUGAAGAGCCCACAACACAUCAGUCUGCCCCCGUCGCCCAACAGCCAUUACUUCCUACCCUCGUCCUCCGGGGCUCAGGGAGAGGGACACAGGGUGUCCUCACCCAGCAGCCAGGUGUGCGCCACACAGAAUUCAGGAGCACACGAUGGCCAUCCUCCCAACUUCUCUCCCCGGUCUUCUGUCCUCCACACCACUUUCUCUGGAGCCCAGACAGACAGCGGUCAAAGUGCAGGGAGCAACCCUUGUCCUCGAAGCCCAGGUGUACAGCCAAAGAUAGCUGGUUUACAUUCUUCUGAUAAGGUGGGGCCAAAGUUUUCAAUUCCAUCCCCAACUUUUUCUAAAUCAAGUUCAACAGUUUCAGAGAUAACACAGCCCCCAUCCUAUGAAGAUGCAGUAAAGCAGCAAAUGACCCGGAGUCAGCAGAUGGAUGAACUCCUGGAUGUCCUCAUUGAAAGUGGAGAAAUGCCAGCAGAUGCUAGAGGAGAUCAUUCUUGUCUUCAGAAAGUCCCAAAGAUACCGGGACCCUCUCGCAGCCCUACCAUCAUCCUCCCCAAGCCCUCAGCUUCCUUUGAGCAAGCAUCGUCUGGAGGCCAGCUCUCCUUUGAUCACUAUGUCACUGACAGUGACGAGCACUUGGAAGUCUUACUAAAUUCCCACAGCCCCUUAGGAAAGGUGAGUGAUGUCGCCCUUCUCAAAACUGGGAGUGAGGAACCUCCUUUUGAUGGAAUCGUGGAUGGCUUUUCUGGGAAGGCAGCAGAAGACAUCUUCAACGCACAUGAGAUCCUGCCAGGCCCCCUUUCCCCGAUGCAGACGCAGUUCUCACCCUCUUCCGUAGACAGCAGCGGGCUGCAAUUAAGCUUCACUGAGUCUCCUUGGGAAACCAUGGAGUGGCUAGACCUCACCCCACCAAGUUCCACUCCAAGCUUUAGCUCCCUUGCUACCAGUGGCCCCAGCAUCUUCAACAUUGACUUCCUGGAUGUCACGGAUCUCAAUUUGAAUUCCCCCAUGGAUCUGCACUUGCAGCAGUGGUAGAAUGCCUGACACAUAAGUGCUACGUAAGACAAAUACCAAUUCCAUGGAGAAGAACACAUAGCCAUAAAUACUGAUAUUAUCAAAGAAGAUUAAAAAGAGGCAAUGGAGACUUCUGUGACAAUCAACAAGAACAAAUAGGAGUUAUUUUUAAAAAUAUAUAUAUAAUGUGGUAUUUACCCACAUUCAGUAACUGUUAAUCAUUUCAACAAUGCAUUCAAAACUGCUUUCUCAGAUUAAGGAUGCUGAAGAAAAUUCUUUCACCACCUUUUCAAAUAGCAACAUUUUUUUUCUAGCCCAUACUUUUUCUCAGGCAUUCGUGGGGUGUAAGUUAAUACUGUAAACUUUCGGCAUGACUUUAUUAGACAUACGGUGGGAAGAAAACAUUAAAAGUCUUUGGAGAAUACAGGGAAGAUUGUUCUUCGAAGGUUACAGGGGACAUAGCCACAGUGGAGCUUACUUCCUGUAUUACCAUUAUGUAUCUUUCAAAAGAGCAGCCAGGUCCAGCUUCAGUUAGGGACUCCUCAAGGCAGAAUAGAAGGGUGAACCAAUGCAUUCCUAGAAAAGUAAAUUCAACUUGAUGCCCCUCUCUGCCCCACUAGAGUGGUUCAAAUCCAGGACUUUGAGGCCACUCAUAACAAUUAAUUUGAAUUGAGUUUAGAGAACUCCACCUCAGUUUUUUCUCUUUUUCAUUCAGUAGCCCAGACAUUCCCACCAUCUCCAUUCUGAUAAGCAUUGUGUAAAAGGUGACAACCUUGAACAGGAAAACCUCCUGCCAUGGAUUCCUUACAUUCUCUAAUAUAACCCCCUUUACUUCCAAAGACUAGAGAUAAGCAGACAGAAGGAUAUCUCUAGGCAGAGGAAGUUGAAUAAGGGAUAAAUUUAGAUAGGACUAGAGAAAGACAUUGUUUUGCAUAUCCUGGGAAGAAAUACCAUAUAUUACUAUUACAGGAAUGUUACUUAUAGAGGUCCAACUUCUUUUAUUUCUUAACCUCAAUUUAUCUUUCUUCUACUCAACUUGGCUUUCAAAAUAGCAAUCGUUUCUUGCUUCUCUUUUGACAAUUUUUUUUGUCCCAACAUUGAGAGGGGAGGACUGCUCAGUUCUAACAAGCUGUCAUACUUCUGAUAAAGCCAUUUUUUUUUAGAAAGUUGAAAGUCCAGGUUCUCCUGUAGAACUCAUUCCUCACAUCCACAGUUCUCUGCAAAGGGAAAUCACAAGAAACCCCUUAGGAAGAAACUGGUGACUCGACUCCUGGGUCACAAAGCUUGUGCUACUCUCAUUUGAUUUAUAAGCAAUCUUUGAUUCUUGUUCCUCCAGGAAAUCAUUACAUUAUAGUAUUGUGGAGUUGUAAAUCAUUAUAAAUAUGGAUGAUAUUUACUGGAGAGAGUGUAUUUCAGGUCUGGGUUUCUAAAAGAAAAUACAACUGUACGUUGAAAACAAUAGAAGAAAGAAAACAGACCAUGGUCUAAUGAGCAUUCCUCAUUAUCUCUUGUGCUUUGGCAGGGAGUGGGGACAAACCUGAAAUUGCAGGACAGUCUCUCUAAGGCUCACUGUGGCUCGACUUCACCAUUUUAUAGUGUUGCAUGUGUAGAAUGUAGCUGUUGCUGUUUUUGUUUUUAAUUUAAGUCACCGAGGCACUGUUUUCUUUUGUAAAAAAACAAAGUUGUUCACUGUGCACUUAUAGAGAAAAUAAUCAAAAAUGUUGUGAUUUUAGAAGUUCUCUUUUUGAUAAACCAGAAAUGUAGAAGUCAUUCCAUUGUUAUUGUUAGCUUGUAAAAAAAAAACGUGUGAACUUAGAGUGGUUUUGGUGAGUGCUACUCAGAAAGCUGCCAGAUCUUAUUCAGGGUAUGGGUGCAUCGAUCUAUAGACACAUGCAUGUUAUAAGUGUGUGUAUCUGUUACACACACAUGUAUGCAUACCUACUCAUUUAUGUGUAUGCGUGUGUCUUGAAAAUCAGUGUUACAGAGUUCUGUACCAAAAACCUUUAACCAUCAAACUGCUGUGAAUGAUACUUGGCCUUUCUUACUAUGAGUUCUGAUUAACCAACCAGACUACACAUUGCCUCUCUGUGUAUGACUAAGGGCUCCAGCCCAGUGACUCACAGCCACUUGCUUACCGUGAACAGUCUCCUCUUGGCAAUGAUAUAGAUGUGAAAAGACAGAAUGGUUUCACCAUUAGGUGCUGCCAAUGGUAAUACAGUCUCUUGUAGGAAAGUAUAAAAAAAGAAUAUGAAAAUUGCUUUACAUUCCCUGAUCUGCUCUGUGCUUGAAAUGAUUUCCAUGGUAGAGUAUUUAUUUUGCUUCUAUGUCAGUCAUCAGAACCAAAAAUCUAGAGGAAAAAAAUACCAUGAAGAUUAAGCAAUGGGGAAGAGACCUUAUCGACACAUUCCUUGCGUUGGUGUAUUCCUCACAUGUGAUUUUAGUCUUGACAAAGCUUUCUGUCAGCACACUUUCCAGGUGCCACAUUGUGCUCUUUAUGUGUUAUUUUCUCCUUUUACUUCCUUUGGAAAACAAACACAUGGUUUCCCUAUUCUGAGAUCUUGGUAUCAGUGGUAGUGCUUUUUUCACCUUGGGAAUUUCUAUCUGAGGGAUUAGACCUGGUUUGGAAGCCUCUAUACUUGGCUAGACUGUGCCUUUUCAUUGGGAUAUUUUUAGGCUAUUGCCCAAGUCUAAUAUUCAAACCUCACAGCAGACAAAAGAGAGGAUGAUUCCUCUUCGCUACUGCAAACCAACAGAGCUAAAAGAGCAGAACCUUGAACAAUUGGUCUUCAGCUGCUCCCUCAGUCUCCAGGCACCCAUGUGCCUUCAUAGUGUUGAUGGGAGGUUGAGGGAUAAAAUUGGAGAUACUUUGGAGGGAAUUGACAAAAGUGCCUGUUCCUUGUAGAUCAGAUAAUUGGUAAUUCAUGUUAAUUCAUCUGUCUGCUGCUGGAAAUUUUUACACUGAAUUCUUAUAGACAGUUGCGAGCUCUUGUGUGGUAAUAACUGGACACGACUAACAGGUGCACAAAAAGAUGGCCACGUGCAAGUUUAAUGUUCUUUGAUCCAUGUAGCUAAGAUCCCUGAAGUCCUCAUGAUGAUGCAGAUAUGCAGACCCAUGCAGCCAUUCGUAAUAUUGCUGCAGCCUAGGAGAUUCAUCAGUAUCCAUCUGCGCAAGCAUGCUCUGUAAGCUGGUGCUCAUUUGUAGCCUCUAGCAAUGUUAUUGAGAUAGCAUAUUUCUAUCAUGGGGAGAGAGAGGUGGGAGAGAGAAGAAAGGUGGAAGAGGGGGAGGAAGAGAAGAAAGAAGAA